CGCGCACAUAAAUUCACUUAACCACUAUAUUCGUGACUCAGUGGAACGCACAGGUUGCUGAAGGCGCAGUCUAGAAAAAUCACCAUGGCAUCAACAGUCACCGACAACUUGAACUCAUCGCCUAAAGUUAUAUUAUGGAUACACGCACGUACACGUUCAACUGUAUUUGAAAUGUCAGUAGCUUCUGUACCAACCAUAAAAGUCUUUCACGAACCGUUCAUAGGCGGCCAUUGGUUUGGUGAAGAUCGAAAUUACGACUUUCCGGUACCUCCGGUACCUGGGUACACAAGAGCUGAAAUAAGAAGUAUGUUGGAAGCCGAAUAUCCAGGAUACGAAGCAGUCUUUGUUAAAGAUUGCCCUGCCUCAAUCACCAGUAAAUCAGAUUACGAUAAGUACCUACCACGUGGGUACAUUCACACAUUUAUGAUCCGAGAUCCUAUGCAAUCCAUACCGUCUUAUUAUAAACUUCUUAAAGCGGACCAGGAUGCUGGUCGCUUCCCUUAUGAUGUCAUCGAGGCCACUAUGACCAUGGGUGGUGAUUUAAAACCAGUAUACGAUUUAUUUCAACACGUGAAAGACGACCUAGGUCAACCACCCAUCCUCAUUGAAUCUAACGACUUGAUUGAUUCGCCGAAAGAAGUGAUGCAAAAAUACUGCAAACUAACCGGUUUGCCAUUUCGUGAUUCGAUGCUGAAAUGGGAGCCUGAAAACAUAAGCUCAUGGCCGGAAUACCUUAAACCUCCCGCAGUGAUGCGAUAUUAUCAGAGUGCGGUUAACAGUUCGUCAUUCGAAAAACGUAAACCACCGACAACGGAUGAUAUUCCUGAUGAACUUUUGAAAUAUAUUGAGCAAUUAAGAGUAUAUUACUACGAAAUGACCAAAUACAAGAUUUAAUGAGUCAUGUAUCUGAUAUUUUAUAAUUUAAAGUGUGAAUGACAACGUAUUCUUUAAAUCCACUUACUGUCCUGAAAAAGAAUGUCACUAUG